AUGGGCGUAUAUCCAGUUGUUAGCAAGAGUGAUCUGGAGCAUAUGGCGGGUGCUCUCAUCGCAGAGAAGCCAGUAAUCGUGGAAGUUAGAGACAGUGACGAGGCCGGUGAUUUGUUCGAGUCUAUAUCUAAUGAAAACGAGAAGAAUGCCAUAUUUGAUGAAAUUCCAUUACAUAUCUGA